AUGGUGCCCGCUUGGCCAGUGCGCGUCAAUGGACAAGCCCUCGCCAGCGGUGUCUUAACAGAGCCUGCGCGCGCAAUAGCCCCUCUUGCACUUCUCCUCGUUCUCCUCUCCGUUUCAUCCGUCUAUCUCUCUUUGGCGCCGGUCGGUCUAUCCAAUUUCUGCUUCUCCAUUGUCCUGUCCUUUCCAGCCCUGUCGCACGGGGCUCUUGACACGUGUGGUCCCGCGCGACAGACUUCAAUUGUGCGCGCACGUGCUGCCUUGCGAUUCCAACACCCACAUUCCUUCUUCUCUCGGGCUCAGCAGGCUGGCCCUGUCCAUUCAUGUACACUUUCCUUUGUGCGCUCCCUCAGUGGUCAAUCGGGCCCUCCUGCCCCUGGAAACGAUGCGCCAAACCCAAUCGAUGAUGCUACUGAAAAGGCCAUUGAAGAGGAAGAGGAGCGUCAGGCGAACAAGGAAAAGUGGAAGAGCACAGCGUGGAAGAUGUUCGAGUCUGCUGCUACUACCGGAGCCAGCAUAUUCAUCCUAGCAUGCGUAGGCAUUGGCUAUACAAAGUACUACAAGUGGAACGUCAUCGAGAAGAUGGAAAAUGCCUUUCGUGAGGGUGAUCCUGUCUUGGAGCUUGCAGCGACUGGAAAGGAAAUUCCUCGUGAGCCGACGCGGCUGGAGGCUACCAAAGGCAUGCUGGAAGAGGACAAGAACUACGAUCGAUGGAUACCACGUGAUGAACAGGAGAAGAUUGACAAAAUCGUCUGGGGCGAGACUAAGGGCCGCUACCACCUUUUGCUUGGCGAGAAGGGAACUGGGAAGACGUCCAUGCUCAUCGAUGCCAUGGACAAGAUCAAUGGCGAAGGCUGCUCCAUGAUGGAGGCACAUGCCGACCUGGAGGUUUUCCGCAUCCGCUUAGGACGCUGUCUAGAUUUCGAGUUCCACGAAGACAACAUUGGCUCACUAUUCUCCAUCCGAGGUCCUCGCGACGCAGGUGCCAUCCUAGAUAUUGAGCGCGCAUUCAACAAAUUGGAAAAGGUGGCACUGAAACGGCGUGCCACCAUCGGUAGACCGCUGAUCCUCAUCAUCAAUUCUGCACAUCUCAUCCGGGAUGAUGAAGAUGGCCGGGACCUCCUCGAGCUCAUCCAGCAACGUGCAGAACAAUGGGCAGCCUCAAACCUUGCAACCGUCAUUAUCAACUCCGACAAGUACUGGGUCUUCGAACGUCUAAAGCAGUACGCAACGCGUAUGGAAGUUCACCAAAUUAAGGAUCUGACCAAGGACCGGGCAAUGCAAGCCCUUCGAAACUACCGAAUGAAGUACCACGGUGAGAUUACUGAAACCAGUGUGUUGGAGGAGGUCUACGAUAAGAUAGGCGGUCGUCUGACCUUCCUCAAUCGCGUUGCAAAGUCAGAUGAUAUGCUCGCCAAAUGUGAUCACAUUUGCGAAAUGGAGAAGAUCUGGUUCCUGAACAACUGCGCCAUCCUCGGCGAAGAAAUGGACGACGAUGUCAUGGACCAGCAAAAAUAUGCCUCAACAGCCAUGGUCCUAGCAAACGCCCUCUACAAACGUUUCCAAGAAAUGGAUGUUACCUACAAUGAACAAGUCGGCCACAUACUCCCCGCCUUCCCCCUACAUCGAGCCCGCUUCAUCAUGACCCGCUCAGACUUCAUCCGCAAGCACCAUGACCUCUCCAUCUUCUCGAUUGACUCGCACGCCAUGGUCCGCGCCGACAGUGUGCCCAUGCAGCGCGCCUUCAAUGAAAUCUGCGCCGAGCCAGGCUUUGAAGAGUUUCUCGAGGCAACACUGGAUCGAAUCAGUUCGAUUGAGAGUUUGGGUCGCACCAAGGAGUUGACAUUCAAGGAUCUCUGGGAGGGCGGCAAGUACAGGAUUACGACGAAGGAUGCUAAAGGAGAUGUAAAUGGGAGCUUGGAAGUGGAGACUGUGGAGGGGAAGAAGGAGGAUGGGAACGACAAGGACGAGGAUGAUUGA